AUGGGCGGAUUAUUCAGCCGACCGUUCAGCACCCAGAAAACGACGACGCAUUCCAGUCCGGUGGUGCUAAUAACGGGAUGCUCCCAAGGCGGCAUCGGCUAUGCUCUCGCGGAGGAGAUGGCGCGCAGAGGCGCGCGGGUGUAUGCGAGUGCGGUGAAGGCGGCGGAAAUGGAGGGACUAAGUGUCAGCGCUGGGAUUCGAACCCUCGAGCUUGACGUCACAAGCGAAGAAUCUAUUCAGGCGGCAGUGGCCCACCUAGUGGCAGAGGAGGGGCGGGUGGACGUCUUAGUGAACAAUGCAGGCAUCGGCAUGCCAUGCCCCGUGGCUGAUGUGCCCUUGGACCAACUCCGCCAGGUGCUCGACGUCAAUCUCUAUGGCGCCGUCGCCAUGGCGCGAGCCGUCUUCCCGGUCAUGGCACAGCAGCAGACUCGCUCUCGCAUUUUGAACAUGGCGAGUGUUGCGGCAUAUGUCAACAGGCCGUGGAGCUGUGCCUACUCUGCCAGCAAGGCGGCGCUCGCAGCGGCCACCAGCUGCAUGCGCAUGGAGAUGCGGCCCUUCGGCAUCGAUGUCGUGCUCGUCACACCAGGCUAUAUCAAGUCGCGCAUCUUCCGCCACAUUGCAGUGCAGCAAGUGUCAAUACCCUCAUGCCGGCACUCCACUCUACUGCUCGUCUCUCCCUGA